GUCCGAUUUAUAUAGCUUGCGGCUAUGGGCGAUUCACCUGUCCGCGAAAAUAAUUUUAAUUCUCAGAUCAUGAUGGGCAUCAGUAACGGUCACUUCGAGCAGAUCGACUCGUGCACAGCGGACGACGUUAGAUUCACUCAACAGGCAAUUACCAUGGUCAUGAUGCUACUUGGCGAAGGAGCUACCCUGUCGACGGUUGUGAAGUGUAAUGUGGCCCGUCAUUUUACUGAUUUGAUCUUUCUGACGGAAUCCUAUGUGCCGGCAAGAGCAUAUGACGCGGUCAAUAAGUCAACUAAACGAAUCGCGUCUUUUGCAACCUUCGGUCCUGAUUCGUCGGAGUAGAUGGAUUAAUUCGCGGUACACGCUGUACGUGAAGGAUUUCUGAGCCCGUUUCUAUCUCGAAAUUAGUUUCCGAUAGAAUUGUUCUUCCUUAGGGAACAAUUUUGUUACGAGGGGUCGGAAGCGGCGAAACUUGAUGGUGCACAACCUAAGAUAAUGCUCAGCUUAGCUAUUAGGUUAUCUAUUGAUAAUUUAAUCUCAGCAAUAUACUGACGUCAUAUAUACAUACGGCCUUUUCGCAAAUCGUGCUUAAAAUCGUUGUGUAACUAGAAUAACAGGUUCCCGUCUAUACGCAUGACUAACCUAUACUCUUUUCCGGCCUUUGCAUGAAGUUUUGGCUAAUCAUGAUGCAUCUAAAGAACAAUCUGCUUUCGGUCGGCAUUAAAUGUUUUUGAAAAUGCAAGUUCUGAGUGAAAAAAUUGUUUCCAAACAAUUUUUUUGCU